AUGACCCAGAUGUCGCAAGUAGCGUCUCUGCAGCAGCACGUCGAUUGCGUGCCUUCCAAGAGCUUGGGUGGAAAGCGAAAUGCUGGAUGCGGCACUGGAUCGAUGAAGCUGGCGUCACUGUACUACAUGGGCAGACUUACCGCCCUGGACAUUAAGGGCUCCGGCGCUACAACGGGCUUCGCCUCCGAAGCAGACUACCCAAUGACCUACAAUAUGACCGAUGACAAGGUCAUCGCUGGUCCUGGAAAUGCUCUCCAGCUUUUGAUCGAUGUCGGUCCCCUCAGCGAGAAGCAGAUGACAUAUCUCUUCCUAAAUGAGCGGGCCCCCUUCGCCACUUCGAUGUUCGUCUCCGAAUCGCACAUGCUUAUUCGGCCCUGUUGUGGUAAUCAUAACAUCGGGGAUCCGCAAGACCCUUGCUUAUACCAACCUGUUGAAUCCUACGGCAUUAGCGUCUACACCAACACGGAGGAGUGUCCCCCAGGUAUUAGGGCCAAUCACGCCGUGUUGGCUGUAGGCAUGGGAACCACUGCGACAGCCGGGACUCCCUUCUGGUACAUUCGCAACUCAUGGGGCGUAGCCUGGGGUGACAAGGGCCACAUCAGGCUGCUUCGCAACUCUGGCAACACCCAUAUUCCCGGUACUGAUCCCACGAUGCCCGGAGGCACGGCCAUGUGCAGUCUGGGUUACAUGAACUCCUACCCGCGCGCGGUUGGCUCACAGGUUGAGGACAGCUGUACCAGAUUCUCCUUUAGCUAG